CCACGCGCCGCCGCUGCACGCCAUGGCUCCCAACCACCGCGAGAACCUUGCCCAGCACAUCCACAUCUCCUCCGCCGACGACCUCUCCUACUCCGUCUCCGCCUCCUCCGGCAUCAAUGACACCAUCCAGACCAUCGUCACCGGCCGCAAGUGCUGGAAGACCAUGAAGGGCAAGGGCGAGGUCGUCUGGCCCCCAUAUCUCGAGGGUGCCCUCGUCGAAGGGCUCGAGAAGUAUCAGCCCGUCGAGUCCCGCACCUCCCGCUCGUUCGGCCGCUUCCCCAUGCGCAACAAGUUCAUCUCGGACUACAUCUUCAACGUGACCGGCAAGCGAAGGACACCCAAGCAGGUCGGCUCCCGCCUCCAGCAGCUUCGCGAUACGGCCGAGGGCAAGCGCAUCCUCCAGCAGUUGUCGAGCAGGCAUCUCGCCAUGAUGCAGCCCAAGUCCGCCCAAGCGCAGUCAAGCUCGGAUACCUCGUCCGAACGGCCCUCGACCGCCUGCAGCACGCGUUCGACUCCCGCGCCCUCGACAACGCCUUCGACAUCGACAGCGGCCUCCACCCCUUCCCCCAUAGCCCGCGCACCCGCGAGCUACGUCUCCAUCGAUGUCAUCCCGGACCCCGGUGCCCCCUCUCCUCCUAUCCGCCUGCCUGGCCUCGGCGGGAUGUCCCUUUCAAUUCCCACCGCGACCCCGUCGACGCUCGCGAGCUUUGUGCCGUCCCCCACUUCUUCUCCAUCCGGCAUGGGUCUUGGCCUGAAUACCUCCGGGCCCCGCGUCCUGCGCAACAUCGAUCCCUCGGUAACGUUCAUGUCUCGUACGCCGCUCGCAGCGUACUCGACCUUCAAGGUUUCGAAGAACCACGCCGGGCACAUCCAUUCGGAGCGCACCGAGCUCGAGAUGCUCUCGAGCAGCUGCAUGCCCGCGCCGCAGUGGCCGAGCGAGAUGGAGUGCAGCUUCCUCUACCGCACGCAGUUCGUCCCGCGCUUCUGGGAGACGCUCUGCCGCUCAGCAGACCCGUCCGCGUUCACCGUCGUCCAGGAAAUCGUCCGCUCAGGCGCCGCAGAGAACUACAGCAUCGAGGACGUGUUGCUGUCAAUCGUGUACCAGUUCAACAACGUCUCCGCGACGCCACCGCUCUCGCCUGACAGCGCCACGUUUUCGGACUCUGCAAGCCGGCCGAGCACCGCGGGCAGCCAGUUCUCGUCCUCGAGCGGGGCGGACCUCAGCUCCGACCUCGACGACAUCAUGAUGUUCAACUACCCGCUCGACGUGCCAAAUAUGCACCACUCGAUGUCCGGCCCGCUCCCGCCCAUCCACGCCCCGGGCGACAUGAAGCACAUCAUGCCCCCGUCGCUCAUCCACUCCGACGAGGACUCGUACUCGAGCCUGCCGCCCACCCCGACCAGCCCGCUCGAGCUCUCCGCGUCGCACCUCGGCUGGCACAACUCGAUCACGGGCGCGCAGGGCGAGUGCGGCCAGAACAUGUACGGGAUGAACGCGGGGAUGGGCCAGCCGAUGGGCCUCGGGCAGGGCGACGUCGCGAUCGCCGGCUCCGGGCAGUAUGGCAUGGGGAACUACAUGGGCCACUACGGGAUGUAAAGGGGAGUUGCACGCACCUCGCCGACCGCGCUCAAGCGCGCACGCCGCGCUUGGACCCGCACACACAUAGUGGGCGGGCCGAAGGACGGCCGCGCGGGCGGCGGCGACGCGCUCACAAGUGCGGCACGUAUACCCCCGUCGUCGAAACAACCCCGCACUCGCGCCCUUCCGCCUCCCCCCAUGCGCGGCCAUCACACCCGCCGUCGUCUAGGGGGGAUCGGGCGCAGCCGCGGAUCUUGGAUGGUGCUUCCCCCUGCCCUGCGCGCCGUAAUCACAGCGCACCAGCCGCUCUUCUUCUCGUCGUCUCCUCGCUUCGUCGCAUCUCGUCGUUCGGCUCUCCGAGAUCUCUGUCUCUGUGUGUGUACCCACGGGUGUCUGCGUCUGUACCGUACCUCUAUCGCCACCUAAUCGUCCGCCGCACGCCUGGCGCCGCUCGCUUCUACCCUCGCUCUUUGCCCGUAAUCGACUCCUCCCGUGCCCUGCCUCGCCGCCCCUGCCCCCGUUC